UGUCUAACCACACGCACAAACUGAGGCGCAGCUGAAGACGAACACAGCAUAUUCCGAACCUUCAAAAUGUCAGGCGUUGCAAGUAGGCUUCAGCACUUCCGAGACAAAUCAAAUGGGAUUGGAACCAACUCUCAGGCUGUGAAAUUCCUGAACCAGGACUAUGAGAGGCUGAGGACGAGUUGCCUGGAAGGAGGAUAUCUGUUUCAGGAUGACAGCUUUGAGCCUCUGCCCUCAUCCUUGGGCUACGAUGAACUUGGACCAAAUUCCUACAAAGUUCGGGGCAUCACCUGGAUGAGACCCACGGAAUUAUGCUCCAAUCCACAAUUCAUAGUUGAAAGUGCCACCAGGACUGAUAUUUGUCAGGGAGCACUGGGUGACUGCUGGCUCCUGGCAGCCAUCGCCUCCUUGACGCUCAACAAACCGAUUUUAUCUCGCGUCGUACCCCACGAUCAAAGCUUUGAGGAGAACUAUGCCGGCAUCUUUCACUUUGAGUUCUGGCAGUUUGGUGACUGGGUGGAUGUGGUGGUUGAUGAUAGAUUACCCACAAGAGAUGGAAAGCUGCUGUUUGUUCACUCGGAGGAGGGGUCAGAGUUUUGGAGCGCGCUGCUGGAGAAGGCCUAUGCUAAGCUAAAUGGAUGCUACGAGGCUCUUUCUGGGGGAAGCACCAUGGAGGGCUUUGAGGACUUCACUGGAGGCAUUGCUGAGAGGCAUGACCUGAGCAAGCCGGAUCCACAUCUCUUUCAUAUCAUCAAGAAGGCCUUGAGCAGAGGCUCCCUUCUGGGAUGCUCCAUUGAUAUCACCAGCGCGUCCGACUCAGAAGCCAUCACACAUCGCAAGCUGGUGAAGGGCCAUGCUUACUCUGUGACAGGAGCAGACCAGGUGGAGUACAGAGGAGACAGGGUGCAGCUCAUCAGGAUUAGGAACCCGUGGGGUGAGGUGGAGUGGAAUGGAGCCUGGAGUGACAAUUCUUCUGAAUGGAGAUAUGUGAAUGAUGAUGACCGCCAAAGGCUGACCAACCGCUCUGAGGACGGAGAGUUCUGGAUGUCCUUCUCUGACUUCCUGCGUCAAUAUUCACGCCUUGAAAUCUGCAACCUCACCCCAGAUGCUCUCACAGGAGACGAGUACAAGAAAUGGGCAGAGACAGAAUUUGAGGACACAUGGAGAAGAGGCGUGUCAGCUGGAGGAUGCAGAAACUAUGCAAACACCUUCUGGAUGAAUCCUCAGUUUGUCAUAAAGCUGGAUGAGGUGGACGAUGACCCUGAUGAUGGCGAGGAAGACGGCUGCACCUUCAUUGUUGGGCUGAUGCAGAAGAACAGGCGCCGCAUGAGGAAAAUAGGGGAGGACAUGGAGACCAUUGGCUUUGCCAUCUAUGAGCUGCCUGAGGAGUACUCGGGCAAAAGGCAGGUGCACCUAAAGAAAAACUUCUUCAUGUACAACUGUUCAGCCGCGCGCUCCGAGACCUUCAUCAACCAGCGAGAGGUGUGCAGCCGCUUCCAUCUUCCCCCUGGAGAAUAUCUCAUCGUCCCCUCCACCUUUGAGCCCAACAAGAACGGAGACUUCUAUGUGAGGGUGUUCUCUGAGAAGCCGGCCGAUUUCCAAGAGAUUGAUGAUCCUGUUGACUGCCAUGUUGAGCAGGUUGAUAUUGAUGAAGACGACAUCUGCGACAGAUUCCAGAGACUGUUCGGACAGCUUGCUGGACAUGAUGCAGAGAUUUCUGCAUUCGAGCUGCGGGGAAUCCUCAACAGAGUGGUAGCUAGGAGAAAUGACAUCAAAACUGAUGGGUUCAGCCUGACAACUUGCCGUAACAUGGUCAAUCUGCUGGAUAAAGAUGGAAGUGCCAAGCUGGGUGUUGUCGAAUUUAGGAUCCUGUGGACAAAGAUUGAGAAGUUCCUGGAUCUGUACAAAGAGAGAGAUGCAGAUCAAAGCGGAUGUAUGAGCUCCUCUGAGAUGCGGAUGGCUGUUGAGGCUGCUGGUUUCUCACUCAACAACCCGCUGCAUCAGAUCAUUGUGGCCCGCUACAGUGAGCCGGACCUCACCAUUGACUUUGACAACUUUGUGUGCUGCCUGAUCCGCCUUGAGUCACUUUUCAAAACCUUCAAGGCCCUGGACGAGGAUGGGUCUGGGAAAAUAAAAUUGGACUUUAAGCAGUGGCUCAAUGUGUCGAUGGUGUAAACAAGCUCUGGCGGCUGAAGAAUCCAGACUUGUGUUGAAGUGAAGAGUCAUCAUAUUUGAACAUUCAUUUGCUUGUUGGUUUUAUUCAAUCAUGAAUUGUAUCUUGUAUACAACUUAAUCAAAGAAUAGUAAUUAUGAGGGGAAAUAAUUUCUUAUGGUUUGAUUGACUGUGAACAUAAUAAAACCACAAAUAAGAA